AUGAUGCAGCAGAUGAUGCAGCAGAACCAGAUGAUGGCUCAAAUGAUGCAAGGCAUGCAGGGACAACAACCUCCUACUCAAGCUCCCGUUCCUCAAGCUGCAGUUGGACCAGAUUUCCGUGCCUUCUUCAGGAUGGAUCCUCCAGAGUUUGUUGGCGGACUUGAUUCACUCUUGGCUCAUGAUUGGUUAGCUGGUAUGGAGAGGGUGUUUCAAGAUAUUCAGUGUACUGAAGAAGAGAAGUAUUUUCCUAAUAGUGUGAGAACUCAGAAGGAGCGAGAAUUUCAGAACUUCAAGCAAGGUGACAUGUCUGUUUCAGAAUAUGCAGAGAAGUUCGAGGACUUGGCAGACUACUCCAGACAGGCUAUUUAUGCUCCAGAUGAACUAUGGAAGAUCGAUCAGUUUAUGAUAGGUUUGAGGGCCGACAUUGCCCAUAGUGUUUCCCAAAGAGAGUUCACCAUUUAUGCUGAAUGUCUAAGACAAUGCUAUGUUGCUGAAAACAGUUUGAAGAGGGUUCAGGAAGAGAGGAACCAGAACAGGGCUAAUUUCAGAGAGAAAGGAAGGUCUACUCAACACUUGAGGCCCCGUAAUCCUCCACCAAAGAAGAAGCAGGUUUAUGGUGAACAGUCGACUCAACUGCCACAGUGUCGCAAGUGUGGAAGAAAACAUGCGGGGGAGUGCAAGUAUGUGUCUGUGACUUGCUAUAGAUGUGGUGAGCAAGGCCAUAUAGCUCCACAGUGUCCACAAAGGAGGAUUCCUGAGAAGACUGCAGGUCGUGUUUACACUUUGGAUUCGAGGAAGGCCAAGGGAAACAACAAUCUCAUUGCGGGUACGUGCUAUGUUAACAAUCAACAUUUAUGUGUUUUAGUUGAUUAUGGAGCCACUCAUUCUUUUGUCUCUACCGAGUGUGUUUAUUGA